UGAUUUUCUAACAUGAAAACACUGUGUAAAACAAGUUGAAUGAGUAAUCGGUCCCCAAAUGAAUGGAUGUAUUGUUUGACAACAAUAUGUUGUUUACAAACCAAUAGUGCAUUGAAUUGGCGUUAAAUGAAUGGGUGUUUCAAUCGUGGCUUCAAUUAGACAGCAAUUGAAUGUAAAGCAAGUGUUUGUCUGAAAUGGUUGUCAAACACUGUGUCUAUAAUGGAUGCGAAAGCGAUUCCCGCUAUUGGGACAGGGAUUACAUGAAAGGCGUGUGUUUCAUCCGUUUCCCAAACCCAUCCACUCAUCGGCAAAGAUGUGAGAAAUGGGUUAAGGCAUGCGAUCGACCGGAUCUCACCAUUAAUGCCGUCACCGACAAGACAUACAUCUGUUCAAAACACUUCAUCGGCGGUAACGGACCCACCAAACAGAGCGCAGACCCUCUCCCACCCAAUCAGCUCUUAGCGGCCAAUCAGUCGGCGAAUCAAAUGUUUGACAUCUCAUUGGAAUUGACUGAAGAACAGGCGAGAAAUGGUUUCUUGAAAGCGGAUCUAAACGGCACUCAAAGCGCUAAUGAAUCCAAAUUUAUAACUAAUUUAUUGAAUACAAAUCAAACAUUAAUUCGUGACAAUCAACGGCUCGUCGAUAAAAGUGCUAUAAAUCAUAGUCUAAACACUUCUUGUGCGCCGAUUAACGAAGUGGUGGACAUCGAUGGCAGUGAUAAUAGUGCCGACAAUUAUAACAAUGAUUCUCUACUAAUGUCUCAAAUGACAUCACAAUUAGUGCCCCAAAUGAAUGAUAAACAGCACAACUCCGAGAAUAGUAACCAUAAUAAUAAUCUUAAUAAUAAUCACAAACCGCUCGAAGUGUUGAACAAUUCGCUGCCACUUAUAAUCAUUCCGUCCACCAAUCAGAUGAUUGGCUCAACAUUUUCCGUGCCGUUUAUGUCAUUAAAUGGGGACAAGAAUUGGUUCAAUCGUAUCCUAACCACCGAAUUCUGUCUGAAGCUAUCGGUCUAUGGCCUGUCGUACGGACGGGUCGGUCAGCGCGUGUCGCUGUCGGCGAUCGUUGGCUCAGUGGUCGAGAAGCAGCUGAUUGUGGACAUCAGCGGCCACUUCGACGUCAAAGUGUUUGGUCUAUCGAUUUGUGCCAAAAAUCCAUUCUAUAAAAUAGUGCCAAAUGUCAUACAAUCGGAACAGCAGUUCCACACUGUCUUUGACUUGUUCUCCAAAUGGAGAGUGUGUUUGGCUAAUGAGAUGAUAAGCGAAGACAAUCGUGUGUUUGAGGACAAGAUCAUAGCCAUCCGGGCCUUUCGGAUCCAUUCGAUGCAAAUCGUGUCGAAUACUACUGAAUAG